AUGGCCGCCUCUUCCCUCGCCGCCAACACCAGCGGCCCUGCUGCGCCGACCAAGACGCUCGUGCACCUCGACGCGGCCGCCGCGGCGCAGAUGGACGUGGGCGUGUUUGGACAGCAGGCCGGGAUGCAGAUCUACACGCAGAUUGCGUACGUCUUCGCUGCGGCGCCGGAGCGGGCCGCCGUCGUGGCCACACUGCAGACGGGCCUCGCGCGCUUGGUUGCGGCGUUUCCCUGGCUCGGCGGGCAGAUCGUGCGCGCCGCGGGGGCGGACGGCCGGCGGCACUUGCACUUUGCGCCGUUGCCCGAUGGGCCGCCGCCGCUGGUGGUGACGGACGCGCCGCCGACGAUGACGAUGGCGGCCCUCCGUGCGGCCCAGUACCCGUUCCGGCUGCUCGACGAGUCGGUGGUGGCGCCGCGGCGGACGCUGCCGUCGCCCGCGGAGCCGGCCGAGCGGCCCGUGCUGCUCGUGCAGGCGACGUUUUUGCACGGCGGUGGCCUGGUGCUGACCGUCGUGGGGCACCACGCGGCGAUGGACAUGGCGGGCCAGACGGCCGUCGUGGAGUGGCUGGCCCAGGCGUGCCGGGGCGAGGCGUACAGUGCGGACGACCUGGCCGUGGGCAACGGCGACCGGGCGGGCGCGGUGGAUCUGCUGGACGCGGGGGCGGGCGAUCCGUUUGCCCUGAUUCCAGAGCAGGUGCGGCCGGUCGAGGAGGGGGAGGGGAAGGGGCCACAGCCCGGAAAGGCGCCAGAGACGAGGCCGCCCAUCACAUGGUCCUACUUCCACGUCCGCCAGACGGCGCUCGAGGCGCUCAAGGACGAGGCGACGCGGACGUUGCCCAAAGCGGGCGGCGUCCGGUUUGUGUCGACCAACGAUGCGCUGUCGGCGUUCCUAUGGCAGUCGAUCCUGCGGGCGCGGAGGGCGAGGUUGACGUCGACGUCGACGUCGUCUUCUCUGUCGACAUUCGCCCGCGCCGUCAAUGUCCGCCGCCACCUCGGCCUGCCCCCCAACUACCCGGCCCUCCUCCAGAACAUGACCAUCCACACCCACCCCGUCGCCUGGGUCUGCGAUGCGUCCCUGGGCGAAGCGUCUGCCCAGCUCCGCGCCGCCCUCCUGCAGCCCGACCGUCUCCGGGAACGGACGCGGGCGCUGGCUACGUGUUUGGAAAUGCACCCCGACCAGGCCGGCCGGCGCCUCUCGUUUGUCGGGCACGUCGACACCGCGGCCGGCGGCCUGAUGCUGAGUUCGUGGACGACGGCGCCGGGCGUGGACACGGACUUUGGCCUUGGGGGGCAGCGACCCGUGGCCGUGCGCCGUCCACAGUUUACGCCGGUGGAGAGCCUCGCGUUCCUGAUGCCGGCGGACAGGGACGGCACAGUGGCAGCGGGCGUGUCUUUGCGGGCGGCCGAUUUGGCGAACCUGCAGGCCGACCCCGAAUUUACAAAAUACGCACAGUACGUGGGAUGA